AUGGAUCGAAUUUUCUCAGGCUGGAAAGACAAAAUGAAUAGAACAGAAGAUCGUGAAAUGUACUACGAGUAUCCGGGAAAAGAAAUCAUAAGAGAGGAAUUCAAUCUUCCGAAAGACUUUGAAUUUCCGAAGCGAAAAAUGGACGCGCAUCAGAUGGGAUAUUAUGUCAGCUUUCAGAUGUUUGCUAGGUGGUUGGCGAAGAAUGAUCAUUACAAGACAAAUAUUCAUUGGAAUACAGUUCAGAGCUCCUGUGACAUCUGCGCCUUCGAUUUCGAUUUUAUUGGGCUCAUCUCUCAAAUGGAUCAAGAUAUGCCUCGCUUGAUGGAAAAGCUCAAAGUGCAAAGCCCCACGUAUGAUGAAAUUCAACAAGGAUUUCAGUCGGCAAAUGCUCAUUCGACAAAACACUCGAAAUUGAGGAUAGAUGAAGAGUUUGGGAAGCUGACGGAUAUUGAGAGGGCGAAACUAGUGGAGAUAUACAUUGAGGAUUAUGCUGCUUUUGGCUUGCCCAUUCCUGACUUUGCUAAAUAA